AUGUGUCUUCUCGAACCAGCCGAUGAGGAAUCCGGGGACCUAUGCGGCCUUCUCCUCAUGACUAUCCUUAGCCGUGAAUCUAUCGUCAUUUUAGCGUGGCUCAUCGGUCGACUUAAUCCUACGACUUCUUUUUCGCGAUUGCUCUCAGUUCCAUCCACGGUACCUCCUGCAGACUUCAAGUCUGGUCGUCGCAGAAUAGAUCCCAAAAACCUUAAAACUAUCCGUCGAUGGUUGCCCGUGUUCUCCGCUGGGUCUACCUUCCCUCGCCAAACCAUCAAGCCCAAACCAUGGACCAUCCUGUGA